ACUUGAGCUGGUACGAUAUAAAUAUGAGCCAGGGUGUGUCCCGGUGUCUUCUGAUCAUUCACCUGACACAAUGAGACUCCUGGCUCUGCUGCUGAUGAUCGGAGCUGCUGCGGCAGUUCCCCGCGAAGAUGGCAGGAUCAUUGGCGGGCAGGAGUGUGAGCCUAACACUCGUCCAUACAUGGCCUCCCUCAACUAUGGUUACCACUUCUGUGGUGGGGUUCUUAUCAACAACCAGUGGGUACUCUCCGUUGCCCAUUGUUGGUACAAUCCCAGAGCCAUGCAGAUCAUGCUGGGAGAGCAUGAUCUGCGAGUGUUUGAAGGUACCGAGCAGCUCGUGAAGGUCGACAACAUCAUCUGGCACCCUUCUUAUGACUACCAGACUCUUGAUUAUGACAUCAUGAUGAUCAAGCUCUUCCACGCAGUGGAGGUGACUGCAUCAGUCGCACCCAUCUCAUUGCCCACAGGGUGCGUGGUGGGGGGGCACAGGUGCUCUGUGUCUGGCUGGGGUAACACCGCCAUGGAUGGCACAGUGGUCAUGCCCACCCGUCUGCAGUGUUUGGACGUGCCUAUCAUUGACAAUGAAACCUGUGAGAAUUCCUAUCCAGGCAUGAUCACACGCAGGAUGAUGUGUGCCGGAUUCUUGGAUGGAGGCAAAGAUGCAUGCAAUGGUGACUCCGGCAGCCCUCUGGUAUGUUUCAACGAGGUCCAUGGACUUGUGUCAUGGGGUCAGGGUUGUGCCGAACCCGGCUUUCCUGGGGUCUAUGUCAAAGUGUGCGAGUUCCUCCACUGGAUAGAUGAUGUAUUGGCAGCCAACCCCUGAAGAAACUGCCAAUAUAUUUUUCUUCACUUCUGCCACUUGUUUCCCCUCUAUCCUCUGCCCUACAUGAUCUCAUUCCUAUUUUCUUUUACGACCCAAUCUUUCUUUGGUGCCUUGUCUCCUUUGAAAUCUCCCUUCCUUCAUAUAUCCAGACUCAACACACGUGUGCCAGAAUGUAGAAAAUAAAAUAUACUUAGUACAUAUUCA